CUCCGAUGAUUAUUGCAUCAUGGCUUCCAUCGGUAGCACGUUUCUUAGAUUUGGCGCAAGGAAGUACACCACAUUUCUACAGUGUGGUAGAAGUAUUUAUACCACAAAAUCAUGUUUAAAACAAUUGAGGCCAAACCUGAUGGACCAAAAUUCAAGAUUGUUUAGUACAGGUCCAAAACUUCUUUCUGCUUCUGUCCAGAACCCAGCUCCAGACUUCCAGGGUAUAGCAGUGGUUGAUGGUCAGUUCAAAAAUAUUUCCUUAGCAGAUUUCAAGGGGAAAUAUGUUGUCCUAUUUUUCUAUCCGUUAGACUUUACAUUUGUGUGUCCCACGGAGAUCAUUGCAUUCAGUGACAACAUGCAGAGAUUCCGUGAUCUUAACACAGAGGUAAUAGGUGUGUCAACGGAUUCACACUUCAGUCACCUCGCCUGGAUCAACACCCCAAGGAAGCAAGGUGGGUUAGGUGGUCUAAACUAUCCCCUGCUGGCAGACUUCAAAAAGGAGAUCUCUCGUGACUAUGGUGUGCUUCUGGAAGAUGCUGGAGUGGCAUUACGGGGAUUAUUUCUGAUAGAUCCAGAAGGCGUUGUGCGACAGAUGACCAUUAAUGAUCUACCUGUGGGACGAUCAGUGGAUGAGACGAUACGCCUUAUACAGGCAUUCCAGUUUGUGGAGAAGCAUGGAGAAGUGUGUCCAGCUAACUGGAAACCAGAGGAAGCUACCAUUAAGCCAGACCCAGCUGGAUCGAAGGAAUAUUUUGAGAAAGUCAAUGUCAAUUGACGAAGGCUGUGAACAUAGGGCUAUAUUAGAUAUAAGAAAAGAAUUGAGCUGUAUGUCAAGAUAGAAAUCCCUCAGAACAAAACACUUACUCUACAUUAAUAGUAUACAUAUCCUACUUUGGGUGAAAAUCACUUUAGAUGCAUUGUGACUUUAUUAUGUUUUACUUAUUUUAUCACUUUUCGAUAAAUCUAGUCAGGAUAUAUAUGGAUCCAUUGCAGGAAGAUUUAACUUUGACUUUAUUAUGUAACAUAUCUGUGUCUUUUGAAAGAUAUUUUCAUUUUUUUUUGGUUAUAUCUGAAUUGUGAUUCAACAUGUUUACUUGUUUAUACUCUAGUUAAACUAAUUAUGUAAACUUGUUAUUUAGCUUUGUUCUGUGCAAGCUCUGUCAUGGGUUUUUUGUAAAUUGUCUCCCUUCAGUUAUGUGUUGUUAAUCUUUUUAGCAUGUAUCUUCAUGUUCAAGAUUUACUGUACUUCAAGCAUUUAAGAGAUGUAAAGAUUUAAAUGCAAAGAUUUAUAUAUCUUUAUAUGCCAAACAAAGUUGAAAUGUCAUAUUUGUCUACUUAGAGUGAACCAAUUAUGUUUUGACACUUUCUUAAAAAAAGAUAGCCUCAUGUUGUUGAAAUGUUUUCCACCAAUGAUGAACAUUUCAUUUUUGUUCAAAGCUUAGCAUUCUUCUUGUCACACUAGAUUUUAUUUUAAUGUAAGUAACUUACAAAUGCUAAAAGUGUCUGUAAUUGAUUUACUUUUCUUUUCAUAUGUACAAUAUUUACAUUCUUCUCACCAGGAAGCAAGGAGGACUGAAAAAAAUGUUUUCAGUACGAAGCAGAGAGUUUGUUUGGAGCCCUGGUAAAACUUAUUGUGAAUGCCAAUGUUUUUACAAGGUUAUCAACAUAAAAAUAAAAUUCAAGAAUUUG